ACCAGCGCGACGACUGCUUGGCCGCGGAGCGCCUGGCCACUUACGGUUUUACGGUUUUACGGUUUUUAAUGACUUUCGCUUCGUCUCUGCGACCUCAGAUGCCUUGAUACAAGUGACGUGAACAGUCUUAUCUGCAGAAAGGAAAGGGUGUGCGCGUGAUAAAAGGAAACAUCCGAUUUUUGGGGGGAAGAGUUUGUUUUGUUGUGAAAACGAUAUGAAGACGCCGAGAAUUUGUACUUGUUUGAUUUUGCUCAUGCUUUGGCUGUCCGUCGUUUUCUCCGGGAACGUAAACAAGCACAAGCCAUGGAUUGAGACAACGUACCGAGGGCUGAUCACUGAAAACACUGAUGUGGUUCUGCUGGAUCCUCCUCUGGUGGCACUGGACAAGGACGCACCUGUGCCAUAUGCAGGAGAGAUCUGUGCAUUUCGAGUACAUGGUCCGAGCGCACCAUUCGAAGCCGUGGUCCUGAACAGAACGUCGGGGGAGGGGCUUCUGCGGGCUCGUGGGCCAAUCGACUGCGAGCGCCAGAGGGAGUACACCUUCAACAUCCAGGCGUACGACUGUGGAGCAGAAGCAGGAGGAGCUGGAGUAAAGAGAUCGCACAAGGCAGUGGUGCACGUCCAGGUCGGAGAUGUGAACGAGUUCUCCCCAGUGUUCACAAGCUCCGAGUAUGCCGGCUCUGUGCGGGAGGGGAGAGUGUACGAUAGCAUACUUCAGGUCCAGGCUGCGGACCAGGACUGCUCGCCACAAUACAGCCAGAUCUGCAAUUACCAGAUAACCACAGAAAACACGCCGUUCGCCAUCGACCGGAAUGGGAACAUCAGGAACACAGAGAGCCUGAGUUUCGAUGCACAGCCGCACUAUGAAAUAAGCGUGACAGCAUUCGACUGCGGUCAGAAGAGGGCAGCGUGUAGCGCUACGGUACACAUCCAUGUCAAACCUGUCUGCAAACCUGGCUGGCAAGGCUGGAAUAAACGUGUGGACUAUGAGCCAGGUAUGGGCAGUAAGCAGCUAUUUCCCAAGAUGCACCUGGAGACAUGUGAGGGCGCCGUGUCCUCUGUGAGGGUCACUGUGGAGCUCCAGACUGGCCAUAAUGGAAAGGGCUGUGACCGACAGAGUUACUCUGAGAAAUCCCUACAGAAACUCUGUGGGGCUUCGUCGGGCAGCACCGAUCUCCUCCCUGCCUCCGGCACCACUUUCAACUGGACGACGUCGCUGCUGACAGACAGUGGGCGUGACGGCGACCUCGUCUAUCGAUUCGACGGGCGUCAAGCGGCCAAGGUUCCCGACUGGGUGGUGCCGCAGAACCUGACGGACCAGUUCACCAUAGCGACGUGGAUGAGGCACGGGCCGAGCCCUGGCCUCAGAGGGGAGAAGGAGACGCUCCUCUGUAACUCCGACAAGACAGAGAUGAACAGACACCAUUACUCUCUCUAUGUGCACAACUGCAGACUGGUGUUUCUGCUGCGGAGAGACUAUGCACAGGGGGACUCGUUCAGGCCUGCAGAAUUCCACUGGAAACUGGAACAGAUCUGUGACAAGGAGUGGCAUUACUAUGUCAUUACUGUAGAGUUUCCAGUGGUGACACUGUAUGUGGACGGAGUGACCUAUGACCCUUACCUGGUGACGGACGACUGGCCAAUCCACUCCUCUCAGAUUGAUGUCCAGCUCACUGUUGGAGCGUGCUGGCAAGGUGGCGAGGUCACCAAGGCCAGGUUCACGCAGUAUUUCCGGGGUAGUCUGUCCGGCCUGACGCUGAAGCCGGGGAAGGUUGAGAGUCAGAAGGUGUUUUCCUGUCUGCAGGCCUGUAAAGAGGGCAUAGACCUCACCUCACUUGCAAGCGCAGGAGCAGACAUGAAGUUCCACUUCAACCCCACCCAGUCCAUGCUGGUGGCGGAGGCCGAUGACGUGGAGCGAAUGAACGGGGCACUGAGCAGAGUCUCCUACAUCAACUCCCAGCAGUUCCCUGCAGCCGGAGCACGGCACCUUCGCGUCUCCACCGCAGUACAGUGUUUUGGAGAAGAUGUAUGCAUUUCUGUUCAUGACAUUGAGGCAGUUGUCAUGGUAAUGCAGCCAAGCAAGCCCCGCAUCACAAUCACAGGGGCGGAGCACCUCACCGCUCCCGCCUCUGACCUUGCUCUCGGCCUAUUGUUGUUCAGGGAUUUACAUAUCAACGGCACUGUUACCAAGAGCGACAGGCCAGUCCACAGCACAGAACACAAGUCAGAGGAAAUUAUCCACAACCUUGACUACUGUGACAUCAUGGUGUUAGGCAAGGAGUUAAGGGAGGGGUUUGAGAGUCUGCAGCUGAACCACAGCACCCUAUUGGCCAAGCACCUGGACUACAAUAACUCCACCACCGGAAUUUCCAUUUAUGGUGUUGACUCCAUGGAUCACUAUGCAGAGUUGAUCAGGCAGGUGCAGUACCAGAGCCUACAGACAGGGUCGCCGGUGCGCACCUUUCAGUUGACCUGCUCGGGGCUCAACGGACGAUACACCAGCAACCAGUUCAUGCUACUGGUUAACAUUCUCCACAGAGAAAGGGCUGUUAGCCAUGUGAAUCACAUGAUGGCCCCGCCCAGAUACAUGCAACUUAUUCAUCAUCCAAUCAUAAACUCCAACUCCCAGGGAGCUGGUCUAGCCAAUGCAGUGACUGUAGUCAUAGUGGUGUGUAUCGCUGCCCUGCUGGUCGUCGUAGUAUUGGGCGUCUACCAGCUUUACCUAACACAUGCACAAGAGGACACAGACACACCCACACACUCAGAGAAACAGAAGGACUCAGAUCUCACCUUUCUCACUAUUACUGUCAACCCACUGGAGAGCUUUGAGGAACUGGAGCCGGAAGGAGAACUAACUGAGGAAGAGGAUGAGGAAGGGGAGGAGGAGAAGGAUGAUGAGGAGGAGGAGGAGGACGAGGAGGAGGACGAAGACGUCACUACCAGCGAAUCAGAAAGUGAAGAAGAAAUUACAAUUCCCAGCAUGCAACAGAAGACAAAAAUGCUGAGCAAGCUACACUGGCCAAAACCAACAUUGCACUGCUGAGAACAAGCGCACACACACACACACACACACACACACACACACACACACACACACACACACACACGUGCCUGUGAGCCAUUUCAUUUCCUACUAAGCAUAAUUUCCCAUUACAAUUUUCUGUGACAUAGAAAAUAUGCUGUAAAAAAAGUGUCACUAGAGUUAGAGUACUGGGCCAUUUCUACAGUGGGUCCUGGACGCUUUGCAAGUCCCUGGGACCUCAGCUCAUAUGUUCACAUGGUAACCCCCCUACUCAAAUUUGUUAAAUUCUGAAACUGAAAUGCAUGGCCACAGUGCAGCUAGAGUGUUCUUAGAAACAUUGGUAUCUCCUUCAAACAAGUGGGCAGUCUUGUAGGCUUGGAGCAUGUCCCCUGGCUCAAAAACAGUACCAUGAUCUUCCUUUUGAACAGGCAAACAUAAAAAAAGAAGAAGAAAAAAACACUUCUUGAAAGUUUAUACACUUACAUUUUACUGCCAUUAAAAUGAGUUACAAAACUGAUCUAGAAAUGUGGGUUGUUGGAAGAGACUCAAUGGAAAGCACCAAUUAUGAAUUAAAAACAAGCACAACCUUUAAAGACUGGAGGCCAAAUUGGGCAGUCAUCUUUGGAUACGUUACAUUGCCAUAAAUGCUGCUAUAGCAACACUGCCAAUCAAAGUCCGGAGGUUCUCCGUCUGGGACUCCAGAAAUGACUGUAUCCAAUCUUCAGUUUUGUCCGUCUCUCUUCCUAUCCAUGCGGCAGGGAAUGAGAGCAGGUUCUGAAAGCAGCUGCCCCUGUAUAGGGAUCAUAAAAUACCAAGUGCCCAACCUUAAGCCCAAAUGCAGUUAAACUGGGUUAGAUACCUGUUCAUCCAUAAAAGUGAAAUUCUUAGUGGGACAAAGGAAAUUUAGUUCACUCACACACACACACAUACACAUACACAUACACACACACACUCUCUCUCUCUCUCUCUCUCUCUCUCUCUCUCUCUCUCUCUCUCACACACACACACACACACACACACACACACACACACACACACACGUCUGACUUUAUUUUCACUGCUUUUGAUGUUCACUGGAAAAGCAAAACCACCCUGCAAUCUUUCUGAAGACAGUGAUGUCAGAGGGACAGCUGUGGACCAAAAAUAAUGGUCCUAAUUACAUAAAUAAUUUCCUGCGAUGGAUCAAAGUAUGACGACUGGCUUUUUAAAGCAACCAACGGUCCCCAUUAAGUUUAUUAAUGAUUUUGUCCAGCAGAUGGGGCUGUAGCGGUGCUCCUGCGAGCCAGUGAGCCGUGUGCGUUAUCCAAAAGCACAACUAAAUGUGGGACACGAAUGUUUAAUGGUAAUUAAACAUAAAUAGUAAUAAUACAUGUUGCGAAUACACAUUUUUGGGGAUCCUUUUUGGAUCAGUACAACCUCUUAGUACUCCACAUACACUGCUACAGGUUAACACCACAAUCCUGGAUUUGUGGCAGCACACAUUAACUUAUGGCCUAAUUUAAGGUAGCAAUAGCAGUGAAAUCUGAAUAAUGUGAUGCUGGGUUUAGCUGAACGCAACCAGAAAUGGAAUAUGUUCUCUAGUCUUUGCCCUCCGAAGUUGAUAAAACGGUCACUGGAUUAUUAGCAUGUUUUUGUUGUUUGUUUGUUUGUUUUUAUCCCUUUUUCAUGUUUGUAAUUUCAAGCUGCCUUUUCGAACUUGCUAUAAGUGAGAAGCUCCUGCUCUAUACGGCACUCGGUGUGAAAACUCAGAUAUCAGACAUUACUCUUUUCGUGAAAUUCUGUAGUAAACUCUCUCCCAACUUACACGUAGCAAGUCAACCCACAAAAAAAACCCUAAACGAUCAUUGUGAUGUUCAAAUAUGUGCUCAUUUAUGUUGUAUUUGUAAUGGCAUUCGAUCAAGAUUUAACUGGUUGUCUUCUACGGCUGAUGAUUUAAAGAAUGUGCAUAAGGAGAUUGUCAUUUUUCCUGCGCUGCUGUUUUCUUUGUCUACAUUUUUCAGGAUCACCUUUUCUGAGAUGAGGAUAAAUCAGCAGCAAAGUAGCUCAUUGUUUCUGUGUCCACAUUUUUUAUGUGCAUCUCACGAUCUUCUGUGCCAGUGUCUACCACGUUCUCUUGCAAACCGUUACAUCCUUUCGCUCGCUCUCUCUUUCUCUCUCUCUCGUUGUAUUUUGUGU